AUGGCAACUAUCACUGAGCAUGACGUUUCCUACGGAAGCGGUGAAAAGUCCAUUCACUAUCAUGCUGCCGGCCCGGCCACCGGAAACAUCAUCAUUCUCCUCCACGGCUGGCCUGCUAUCGGUCUGACAUGGAUUCAUCAGCUUCAGUCAUUCGCAUCUCUGGGGUUUCGCGUCAUUGCCCCAGAUAUGCCUGGAUGGGGCAAAUCAACGGCUCGCCGCAUCACCUCUGACUAUUCCCAAGAAGCCCUUGUUGAGGGUAUGCUCGCCUUGCUUUCUGACACAGGCCGCUCCGCUGCUGUCUGGGUGGGCCACGAUUGGGGCGCCGCUGUGGCGUCCUCAGUGGCUCGUCAGCACCCCGACGUAGUGCAGGCCCUCGUGCUGCUCUGCAUCCCGUAUCAGUCAGCUGAGCUAGGCCUGGAUCAACUGGUUUCCCUAGUCGAUCGCAAGGUUUAUCCAGAGGAUGAAUACCCCUUCGGGCAGUGGGACUACAUGGCCGCUUAUGAGGAGUCCUUGGAAAAGCCUGUCGCCUCGUACGAGGCCAAUAUCCAUGGCCUCCUGAAACUCCUCUGGGCGCGUCCAUCGGUUGGUCAGUACAAUGCUGCUGAUUCCUCCAAGCCGGCGUUCACUGCUACCAUACGCAAGAAUGGCGGGUUGUUUGGCGGAAAUCCCGCGCCCCCGGCUGAGACGCUUCCGGCCACACUGCUAAACGACGAGAUCUUCAACAAUUUUGUUAGAUUAACAGAGGAAACUGGCAUAUGGGCUGGGACAGCUUAUUAUUGCAACCAUAAGGCGAAUGCAGCAUAUAACAGCAAGGCGCCGAAUGGUGGCAACCUUGGCGCAGACAAGCCGGUGCUUUUUAUACACGCCAAAUUCGAUUACAUCUGCCCUACCCUUACGACACGGCUAGCUGAACCGAUGCGCGAGGCGUGUGGGAACCUGUCAGAGGUGGCUAUCGAAGCAGGUCACAAUGUGCAAUGUGAGAAACCCCACGAGGUCAAUGCUGCGGUUGUGGAAUUCCUUGUGCAGAAAGUCUCACAAUGCUGGCCUGUGCCGGCUGAGACGGGACAUGACGUGGAGACGGCUUGA